AUGAAUGUCACUAACGAGACCAGAAUCUCAGAAGUCCUACUUCGUGGAUUUCACAACAUUCAAAAUCUGAAAAUUCUCCUUUUUUUGCUUGUUCUUUUCAUUUACAUUUUGAUCUUAACAGGAAACCUCUUGAUUAUUUCUUUGGUGACAAUUGACCAACAUCUCCGCACUCCCAUGUAUUUCUUUCUCAGGUUUCUUUCCUCUUUUGAAAUACUAGCAACCACCAACAUUGUGCCAAAAAUGCUCUCUGUCAUCAUCAGAGAAGGUGACACGAUUUCAUUUACUGCCUGUUUAAUGCAAUUCUAUAUCUUCUCUGCAUCAACCAAUUCUGAAUGCUUUCUGCUCACUGUCAUGUCUUAUGACCGCUACUUGGCCAUAUGCAACCCCUUGAGAUACAUCUCCAUCAUGGACCUCCAACUCCAGCUUAACCUUGUCUGUUGGCCUUGGCUCAUAGGAUUUCUCAUAACUUUAAUUAUUACAAUUCUAGUUUAUAAUUUGCAUUUCUGUGGACCUAAUGUUAUUGACCAUUUCUUCUGUGAUCUAUCCCCCCUACUAGAACUUUCCUGCUCUGAUACAUCUGUGGUGGAGACCCAGGCUGUCCUGUUUUCUGUUCCCGUCAUUCUUCUUCCAUUUAUCUUCAUCAUGACCACCUACAUCUUAAUAUCUUUUGCCAUUAGCAGGAUAUCUUCAGCUGUGGGAAGGAAGAAGGCCUUUUCCAUCUGUAGUUCCCACCUGGUUUUGGUUUGCACAUAUUAUGGGACUUUGAUAAGUGUUUAUUUGUUUCCUUUGAGAGACAAAUCGACAAAUGUGAGCAAAGUGACUUCAUUGUUAUAUAUCAUAGUGACCCCCCUGCUAAACCCAAUCAUGUAUUGUCUACGGAACAAGGAGAUUCAAGCAGCUCUACACAAAUACUUAGGUACAUAUUUGAAAAGGUAG